AUGACAGAGAAUUCACAACAAUUCGGUACGAGGGAGGAUGUCUCAAUACGCAAGGUGAAUGAGGUAGAGACAUCCUCUAUCCAGCAGCAGCUAACUAAGUUGACCUUGUUUGUUAGGCAACUGGCUGUAGGAAAUGCAUCUCAGGCCAAGGUGUGCGGGAUUUGCACUGGUAUGGAUCAUUCUACAGACAUGUGUCCAAUGAUGCAAGAGGAGGGUGCAGAGCAAGUGAACAUGACAGGUCACGUGCCCGCGCCAAGAAGGCCCUAUGACCCCUAUUCAAGUACCUACAACCCUGGUUGGAGGGACCACCCUAACCUCAGUUAUGGAGGGAACAUGCAGUCCAAUCUCGUGCCUAAUAGACAACAAGGGAACCAGCAGCAGUACCAACCCCGACCACCUCCGCCACCGAGCUCUAGUCCAUCUUUGGAGGAGAUGAUGAAACAACUGAAAGCAACCAUCUCGCAAAAUCAGCAAAGGACGGACUCCGAAAUGCAGGACAUAAGAAAUCAGAUGAGCAAAAUGGCCACAAAAAUCAACCGUUUGGAGUCCCAAGUAAAUGGAAGAUUGCCAUCCCAACCUGAACUGAACCUAAAGAACGUAAGUACAAUGACUUUAAGGAGCGGGAAGGAAAUUCAGGGGCCCGAACUCAUGACUCCAAAGGAUAAGGACGAAGAGAAGAUUGAGAAAGAACUUGAGGCAGAGAAUACAAGCACCAAAAAUCCAACGGGACUCCCUAACCUGAUUAUAGAUGUUAAAACUAAUCCCCCUCCAUUUCCUUGCAGGUUGGAGAAACCGAAGAAGCAGGACAAAGAGAAGAAGAUCCUAGAGGUGUUUCGCAAGGUAGAGAUCAAUAUCCCCUUAUUAGAUGCCAUCAAACAAGUGCUGAAAUAUGCAAAAUUUUUGAGAGACCUAUGUGUCAACCGAAAGCGGCUGAGGGGAGACAAAAAGAUCAUUGUUGGGGAGAAUGUGUCAGCAGUUCUCCAAAGGAAACUUCCACCAAAGUGCGGGGAUCCAGGUAGGUUUACUGUCCCAUGUAAGAUAGGUAAUACUCUAAUUAGGAAUACCCUGCUGGACUUAGGAGUAUCGAUCAACGUAAUGCCUAAAUCUAUAUAUGCUUCUCUGAACCUUGGUCCAUUAAAAGAAAUCGAGAUAAUAAUUCAAUUAGCUGACCGAACAAAUGCAUACCCUGAUGGGUUGAUAGAAGAUGUGCUGGUUAAAGUUAAUGAAUUGAUAUUCCCGGCUGACUUUUAUGUACUUGACAUGGAUGAUGAUCAUUCCCCUGACCCCUCACUUUUGCUACUAGGUAGACCCUUUUUUAGCACAGCACAGACAAAAAUUGACGUUAAUAAGGGUACAUUGUCCAUAGAAUUUGAUGGAGAACUAGUCCACUUUAAUAUUUUCGAUACAAUGGAACAUCCUGUUAACUCUCACACUGUGGAUAAAUUCAAAUUUACUGAGAACAAGUAUAAGGGGAUAAAAGCACUGUAUGAGGUGAAAUGGAAUAGAAAAUUAAGAAAGGAGGCUGCCCUCAAAGGCUAUUUGGAUCCUGGAGUAGGGCCACCGAUUUCCAGGAAAACUGAGUUACACCCAGAUUGA